AUGUCGUCCACCAGCAACGCCUCCAUUGACAAGUUCAACGGAGACAAUUACGCAACGUGGAGCCGGUACAUGCGCGGUGUGUUUUUGACGAAGUCCGUCUGGCACGUUGUCAACCGUGAAGUGACUCCGACUUUCACCGACCCGCGAGCGUCCGAUGACUACGUCAAGGCAAGCAACGUCGCGUUUGGUAUGAUGCUGCUGCACAUGAACGCGGACUACCAUCAUGUGCUGGACAACUGCGAGGAAGCCUGGGUUGCGUGGACAAGUCUGAAGACGCUGUACGGUGGGUCGCAGAAGGCAGGACGCAUCUACCUCAAGCGACAACUUUUCAGUAUCAAGAUGGCUGAAGGCGCGAACGUCAUGCAUCACUGCAACGAGGUCCUCAACAUCUCCGCCAAGCUUAGCGGCAUCGGUGCGAAGAUGGAAGACGAAGACGUUGCAAUUUGUCUGCUACUCAGUCUUCCGAAGAGCUACGAAAAUGUGGUGCUCAGCAUGGAAAUGAGCAGCACCGAGCUUCGCACUCAAGAUGUGCUGAGAGUCCUGACGAAUGAGCAUGCCAAGCGUCAAGGAGAAAAAGGGACAACGACAGCGACUACGGUGAAGGCUGAAGAUGCAAGCAAGGCAUUCAGCGCCGAGCGUGAGCCCUACCAAUGCACGUAUUGUGGCAAGGUGGGACACACGGUGGAUCGUUGCUGGACAAAGCAGAAGAACGAAGGUCGGGGAGCCCGACGCGGCGGCAAUGGUCGUGGACGCGGGGCUAACAAUGUCCAGUGGGGACAUCAUGAUGAAGGUAAUGGCUACGAUCGAGUGGCGUUUGCAGUCUCGUUCGAAUGUGGAGUUUCGACGAGCAUGGACGUGUCUGGAAUGUGGGCCGUCGACAGUGGUGCAACGCACCACAUUUGCCACGACAAGACCAAGUUCGCAAGUUUGGCAGAGCGCAAUGAGGGCGAACUCUUGGUGGCUGAUGGCAACAAGGUGGCCAUCAAGGGUGUGGGAACCAUAAUGGAAAAGGUGGUUCUGCCCAACGGUGAAGAGCGUGAGAUCGAAAUCAAGAACGCGCUAUAUGUUCCAAGUAUGAGCAAGAACCUGCUCUCGGUGCCACAGAUUAACAGCCAUGGCAAGUUUCAAGUCGUGUUUGACGGGUCCAAGAUGUAUGUGACUCUCAAGAACUCACAGCAAGUGGUGGCGACAGCGGAUCUCGUGGAUGGACUCUACUGGCUUCGGACGACUCAACGAUCAGCGAAUGUGACAACAAGUGGAACCAGUUGUGCCGAUCUACAUGCGAGAAUGGGUCAUGCUCCAGUCGAUGUACUUCGCAAGAUGAUCGCGACCAACAUGAUCAAGGAUGUGCGAGUCCCUCUCUAA